AUCUUUACUAUGUGCCAAAAAAGUGAAUCAAAACAUGUUGAUGCUUGUGUUUGCGAAUGUUUCUUUUUCUCAAGUUUGUAUGAAUUCAAAAAAUUAGGAAGAAGUGUUCUUAUAACUGUUGAUUCCUUCUGCUGAUUUUAUAAAAGAUGCCUAAUGCUAGAAUUCAAUCUGUUGAAUGCUUCAGCAGCGAAGAUAAGGACUUUCCCGCUUCAAAUCUUCUGGCAAAGGAAGCGCGUAAAUGGAAGUGUCGGGAACAGGGAGAAAAAAGCGCUUUCGUCGUGCUGCGUCUCGAUAAAGAGCUCUCUAUAAAUGGUAUUGAUAUAGGAAAUGAACAUUCUGCUUUCAUCGAGGUACUCGUAGCCAGAAGUGGCCCCAGCAAUCCUGAUUUCAAGGAGAUACUCCUGACAUCCUCCUUUAUGACACCCAUUGAGAGCCGUAAUUCGACUAAUGUAAAUGGUGUGAGGUGCUUCACCCAGAGUUCCCUUGUCGCAUCGGUGGCCUGCGAGAAAUGGAAUUUGGUAAAAAUUAUUUGUACCCAACCUUUCAACAGUCGUGUUCAGUACGGAAUCUCGUUCAUAAGAUUACACUCACCGAAUGCAGAAAAGAGUGUAAAACCCCUCGUUCCGGAAAACAUUCAACAACAAAUUAAAGCUGUUGCGGAUCAGCACGUUCCAAAAGUGUUAAAACUUGGAAGAUUCACGGUUCGGGAAGAAUCACCUGAUUCCGACAGUGGAAGCACAUCAGCGACAACCCUUUUCGCUCGUUGGAAGCAAUCCCGAAUCAGUGAGGGAACGCAAAAUGCAACAAACGAGAAGAAUCCACCAGUUACCUCGAUGUCAACUGCCGCGGCAAUACGGAAUGCUUCAACCCCUGUUGCGAUUAGGAAAGCUCAUUCUACACCGUUGGUUAAAAAAACGGUUACAACCACUCCAUCGGCCAGGCCGCGCCUCUUCGACGAUGAUGAUGAAGAGGUUGCGAAACCAAUUAACCGUAAUCGUGAUUCGAUAUUGUACGAUAAGGAUGAUGAUAAGCCUAACGAGAGGUUGGACAAAAAAUUGACCGAGGAUCGAAAUCGCCAGAAAAAGGAAUAUGAAGACAAAAUGAACAAGGAAAAACAGAACCGCUCUUUGAAAGAAACAAAACCAAAUCUACAUAAUACAUCAGCAUCUAAAUUCAAGAAUUUUUUAUUCGACGAUCCUGUUCCGAAAGAUCAAGUUAUUUCAAAAGUCGAACAUAAGGUUCCAAGUGCAUCUAACAAUGUAAAGGGAUCACCUCAGUCUGUUCCGGUGAAACCACAACCGGACAAACGAUUGCCUGAAGAUAAUCGUAAGAAAAAUGUCCAAGAGCACAAACCAGUAGAAUUCGAGCGAAAGAAACGCGGUUCGGAUUGUGGAGUCGCAAACAGCGUCUCGCCUAUUAGCAAAAAACCCAAACUACAACUUGCCGACGAUAAAGAGGAUACCACAAAACGGAGAAAAAUGCCCCUGUAUAAACCAUUCAAUAAGCUUUUGGAGAAUGUGGUAUUAGUCAUCAGUGGAAUACAGAACCCUGAUCGAGCAAACCUUCGGAAUCAGGCGCUAGGGAUGGGCGCAAAGUAUAAAUCAGAUUGGGACUCGAAUUGUACACAUCUCAUCUGCGCUUUCAAGAACACGCCGAAAUAUAACCAAGUACAUGGUAAAGGAAAAAUUAUCCGGAAAUCCUGGAUCGAACGUUGUCACGCUCAGCGUAAGCGACUUUCAUGGCGCAAAUUUGCCCUUGAUUCGGACGAUGCCGAGCGGACCGAUUCGGAGGAAGAGGUAAUCGAUAUUACCAAUAAACCCAAGGAACACUCGGAACGAGAAAGUCACACCCCAAAAAGUUCCAUAAAAGACAGCCACCAGCGCAUUGAGAAAGCUAGGGAAGAUCCGAAACCCAAAGAAACGGAUGAGGAAGUAUUAGCACAUUAUGACUUGGACGAUGUCAUAGUGGUGGAAAAGAAAACCGAAAAUUAUGAUGUGUCCGGAUCUGACACAGAAGAGGACAUCGAGAAAGUUAACCGGAGAAUAAACAAACAACCGGAAAAUGCGAGCGAGAUAUACGACAAAAGUACCGAUGAGGACGGGCAGAACAACAUUAUAGAUGCAGUUACUUCGUUGAACUUUUUUAGUGGAAAGAUAUUCUUCCUGGAUGAAGAACUUGGAGUUGUAGAUGUGAUUAAACUGGAGCAAUACGUUAAAUUGUAUAGAGGCACCAUUACAACCAAUAUAUCAGAGGCACAUUUCGUAGUAACACGUAACAAGAAAUAUGUGGAUAAACAAAUAGCAAGCGAAUUGAUUAAACCGCUCUGGAUAUAUGAAUGCCACGAUAUGGAAUGUCUUAUUCCUUAUCAACGGUAUCUUCUCUGAAGACAGGAGUAAAUUGCUGUCUGAGGAAUAAUACAGAAUAAAUUGUUACAUGUUUAUUAAAUUAUGUGCUUUGAAUCAAUACAAUGUUUUUUUUUAAAUUCAGACCCAAACUCCACAAUUAGACAAUCAUCUCCAGUUCGCGGGCGUAGAAAAUCGCCUGUUCUGCCAGCUCGCGAGACGGAAUAGGUUCCUUCGCCUUAACUAGCUCACUAACAAAAUGAUAUAAUCCGUCGGAAUUCAGCUUCCAGCCUUUCUUCUCCCCGAACUGUUUGACUUCCUCCUUCGAUUUGAGAUUCAGUCUUUUGGCUGCCUCCUGAAGUGAAAUCGUUUCGUAGGAACUCUCCAGACAAACUCCGAUUUCAUCGCGGACGGUUUGUAGAAGAAUGUCGGUGAAAAAAUUGUAACUUUCCGCGGGGGCAUUUCCCUUUGCUUGGAAGAUCUUAUUGUACCGACCUU